CGGGCCGGGGGGGCAAGAUGGCGGCGGCAGUAGGGGUCCGCGGCCGGUGCGAGCUGCCGCCUUGCUCCGGCCCAGGCUGGCUCCUCAGCCUUUCCGCCUUGCUGAGUGUGGCGGCUCGAGGGGCCUUCGCCACCACACACUGGGUCGUCACGGAGGACGGGAAGAUCCAGCAGCAGGUGGAUUCACCGAUGAACUUGAAACAUCCCCAUGACUUAGUCAUAUUAAUGAGACAAGAAACAACAGUUAACUACCUCAAAGAAUUGGAGAAGCAAUUAGUUGCUCAAAAAAUUCACAUAGAAGAGAAUGAGGACAGAGAUACAGGACUGGAACAGAGACAUAAUAAAGAAGACCCAGACUGCAUCAAAGCCAAGGUCCCCUUAGGAGACCUGGAUCUCUAUGACGGCACGUACAUAACUUUGGAAAGCAAAGACAUCAGCCCUGAAGAUUAUAUAGACACAGAAUCUCCUGUUCCUCCAGACCCUGAGCAGCCUGACUGUACCAAAAUUCUAGAACUUCCGUAUAGUAUACAUGCUUUUCAGCACCUGCGAGGUGUUCAAGAGAGAGUUAAUCUCUCUGCACCUCUGUUACCUAAAGAAGAUCCGAUCUUCACAUAUUUAUCUAAACGACUAGGAAGGAGCAUAGAUGACAUAGGCCACCUCAUUCACGAAGGCCUGCAGAAGAAUUCUUCCUCAUGGGUGCUGUAUAACAUGGCUUCAUUUUACUGGAGAAUAAAGAACGAGCCGUACCAGGUAGUGGAAUGUGCCAUGCGCGCACUUCACUUCUCUUCCAGGCACAAUAAAGACAUUGCCCUGGUCAACUUGGCAAAUGUUCUGCACAGAGCUCACUUCUCUGCAGAUGCUGCUGUUGUGGUCCACGCAGCUCUGGAUGACAGUGACUUCUUCACCAGCUAUUACACUUUGGGAAACAUAUAUGCAAUGCUGGGGGAGUAUAACCACUCAGUGCUCUGUUAUGACCAUGCUUUGCAAGCCAAACCUGGGUUUGAGCAAGCUAUAAAGAGGAAGCAUGCAGUCCUGUGUCAGCAAAAACUCGAGCAGAAAUUGGAAGCUCAACAUAGAUCCCUCCAACGAACGCUGAAUGAGUUGAAAGAAUACCAAAAACAGCAUGACCACUACCUGAGACAGCAGGAGAUCUUAGAAAAACAUAAGCUGAUUCAGGAGGAACAAAUCUUAAGAAAUAUCAUCCAUGAGACACAGAUGGCGAAAGAGGCACAAUUAGGAAAUCAUCAGAUAUGCCGGCUGGUCAACCAGCAGCAUAGUUUACACUGCCAGUGGGACCAACCUGUGCGCUACCAUCGUGGAGACAUUUUUGAAAAUGUGGACUAUGUUCAGUUUGGUGAGGAUUCAUCAACCUCCAGUAUGAUGUCUGUGAAUUUUGAUGUUCAGGCAAAUCAGACUGAUAUCAGUGAUUUGGUCAAGUCUUCUCCCGUAGCCCAUUCCAUUCUCUGGAUCUGGGGCAGGGAUUCUGAUGCAUAUAGGGACAAACAGCAUAUCCUGUGGCCUAAAAGAGCAGAUUGUGUAGAAAGCUAUCCUAGAGUCCCUAUUGGCGGGGAAUUGCCAACGUAUUUUCUGCCUCCGGAAAACAAAGGACUCAGGAUCCACGAACUCAACAGUGAUGAUUAUUCUUCAGAAGAAGAGGCCCAAACCCCUGACUGUUCCAUAACUGACUUCAGAAAAAGCCAGACUCUGUCCUACUUAGUCAAAGAAUUAGAGGUCCGCAUGGAUCUGAAAGCCAAAAUGCCAGAUGACCAUGCACGAAAAAUUUUGCUUUCCCGUAUUAAUAACUAUACUAUCCCAGAAGAAGAAAUUGGGUCUUUCUUAUUUCAUGCUAUUAAUAAGCCAAAUGCCCCUGUCUGGCUGAUACUCAAUGAAGCCGGCCUCUACUGGAGAGCAGUAGGAAACAGCACUUUUGCUCUUGCUUGUCUUCAGAGGGCUUUGAAUUUGGCUCCACUUCAAUACCAGGACAUUCCUCUUGUGAACUUGGCCAACCUUCUGAUUCACUAUGGCCUCCAUCUUGAUGCCACUAAACUGCUACUUCAAGCUUUGGCCAUCAAUAGCUCUGAGCCUUUGACCUUUUUGAGCCUGGGAAAUGCUUACCUCGCUCUGAAGAAUAUCAGUGGGGCACUUGAGGCCUUUAGACGGGCUUUGAAAUUAACUACCAAAUGCCCAGAAUGUGAAAACAGCCUGAAGUUGAUUCGCUGUAUGCAGUUUUAUCCUUUUCUGUACAACAUCAGCUCUUCUGUGUGCAGUGGUAAUUGUCUUGAGAAAACCCUGGACAACAGCCAUGACAAGCAGAAAUAUUUUGACAACUCACAGUCACUGGAUGCUGCUGAAGAAGAGCCCUCUGAGACAGGAACAGAGGAGGACCCUGGACUCUCUGUUGAGCAUUCAGGGAGAGACUCAGAUGCCCUUAGACUGGAAAGUACAGUGGUUGAGGAGAGCAAUGGUUCUGAUGAGAUGGAGAAUUCAGAUGAAACAAAAAUGUCUGAAGAAAUACUGGCUCUGGUGGACGAAUUUCAACAGGCAUGGCCUCUGGAAGGCUUUGGGGGAGCACUGGAGAUGAAAGGGCGGCGUCUGGACCUGCAGGGGAUACGAGUACUGAAGAAGGGUCCCCAGGAUGGAGUGGCCAGAAGCUCUUGCUAUGGAGACUGUAGAAGCGAAGAUGAUGAAGCCACAGAAUGGAUCACGUUCCAGGUCAAACGUGUAAAGAAACCCAAAGGAGAGCCGAAGAAAAACCCUGGCAAAAAGGCAGAACCAAAUCAAGCAGAAAAUGGGCAUCGUUACCAAUCAAAUCUGGAGAUCACUGGCCCGAAGGUGGCAUCUCCUGGGCCACAAGGGAAGAAGCGUGACUACCAGAGUCUGGGAUGGCCCAGCCCGGACGAGUGCCUCAGACUCCGCUGGGUGGAGCUGACUGCCAUCGUGAGCACCUGGCUCGCAGUUUCUUCAAAAAACAUUGACAUCACAGAACACAUAGACUUUGCCACUCCCAUACAGCAGCCAGCGAUGGAGCCUCUUUGCAAUGGCAAUCUCCCCACGAGCAUGCACACCCUGGACCACCUGCAGGGCGUCUCCAACCGGGCCAGCCUGCACUACACAGGGGAGAGCCAGUUGACAGAGGUAUUGCAAAAUCUUGGCAAAGACCAGUAUCCACAGCAGUCGCUUGAACAGAUUGGCACCCGAAUUGCCAAGGUUUUGGAAAAGAGGACUUUCAGAAACCCUGUGUUCCUUUCAGUAGUCUUCUUGGAAGUCUUCCCAGCCAGAGUCACAAUCUGCGAGGUAUUUUAGCUAUAGUCCAACACAGAACCUCACCAUUAGUUUCGCCGGUAGAAGAGCCUGCCCCUUCUCCAGCCUCCACAGCGAUGGCCUCCAUGCUUGCCCAGAGUCACUGCUGCACUCAGCAGAUGUACUCAACCCGUUCCCAGAACUAGCGCCACAGACUCUGAAUAUCUGAGUAUUCGGGACACCAGACACUAUUUCAGUUACCCGCUUCUGCCUCAGAGAGCACCCCACAACUUACUGGCUUUAAACAAAGCUGUUAUUUGCUCACGAUGGUGCAGUCUGAGCUGGACUCUGCUGGGCAUCUCUUCUGGUCUCACUUGGAGUCGUUCACGCAACUGCAGACACGUGGAGACUCAUGUGAGGGUGGCCUCCAGAAGGUUCUACUCAUGGGUCUGAUCCGUCGGCUGGAGCGGCUGAAAUAGGGGGCACAGCCUCUUCAGCAAGGUAGCUGGACCUUUUUGCAAAGGGGUUCAGGGCUCCACGGGGCUGAAAGCAGGCGCACGCUGGCCUCUCAGAGCCACGCAGAGAAACAGAACUGCCGCAGCACCACUUCUUCCCAAGCAGGCCCAGGGCCUGCUCAGAACCGAAGGCAGGGGAACAUCCUCCAUCUAGGAGUGACAGAGUGCACAGCCCAUCUUUAAAGCACCGUGGGUCCUUCCAGAGGAGCAGCAAGACUGACCGCGUCUCCACAGGGAUGGCAGAAACCAGACAGCAGUGUAACAACAUCUUUAAAACUAGAAGAAAAAAACUGCAAGCCUGGAAUCUUAUAAAACAUCCCUCCAAUAUCAGGGAAGAAACGGAAGAGAUGAAAAUUCAGAGAAUUUGGCACCAGUGGGCCUGCACUGAAAUAAUAAUUAAAGAAAGUUCUCAGGAAAAUAUCCCAGAUAGAAACAUCGACAUGCAAGAAGAAAUGAGGAACGCCAGGAUAGGAGUUGUGCAAAAUAAUAACCACAGGACCCUGAGGCACUUUGCUUUUCUGUAUGACUAAAAUCCGUGGUAACAGUAACAAAUGAUGGGAGGGAAGGAAAUGGAGUUUAAAAGUUCGGAGGUUUAAUCGAACCAGGUACUAAAAGUAAUAAUUUGCAUUGGACUAUGAUAAGUAAGACUGCAGUUUUAGGCUCCAGGCUAACUACUAACAGUGGUUUGGAAAUGUAAUUUAAUAGAAGGGAAAUCGAAUAAUAGAAAACAUUUGAUUAAUCUAAAGAAAGUCAGGAAAAGAGAGGCACAUAAAAAUAGACACAAAUGGUAAAAUGGUAAGUAUAGACCCAAGUAUAUCCGUAGUUUGGUUAAAAAGAUUAUAUAAUUUAAGCAUUUAGUAUGAAAUGGAUUUUUUUAAUCCAACUAUAUGCUACUUAUAAGAGAAGCACUUUACAUAUUAGGUACAAAAGUGGCAGAAGUAUGAAGAUGGAAAAUAAUACACCAUGCAAACAAUAAAAAAACAAAAGGUAAGAGAAAGGUGACAGCUGCCCUCUUCUCAGAAAAGUCAGUUUAUGGGGCACCUGGGGGCUCGGUUGGUUGAGCGCCCGACUUCAGCUUAGGUCAUGAUCUUGUGU